AUGAUUCGCCUUUCAGUAUUGUGUUUGCUUCUGGGGCUCUAUAGAGUCCAGUCUCUACGAUUUCCGGACCCGGUAUCAGAGCCCGCAUGUGGCUACGCAAACCGUGACAUCCUGACCUUCGGCAACCUCGAGGAGGACACCGCCGAGGAGGCGGAGCUGCCUUGGAUGGUGGUACUGCUAGAUGCUCGAAACAGCCAACCGGUGGGCGGUGGCUCCCUUAUCAAACCGGAUGUGGUGCUCUCAGCCACCACUGUGACCAGAAAUUUUCUCGAGAACCAGCUCAUUGUGCGGGCUGGCGAAUGGGAUCUCAGUUCCCACUUCGAGAUGAGGAAACAUGAGGAUGUGACCAUCAGAAAGAUCGUGCGUCACCCGGACUUUCAGGAGGAUUCAGGAGCCAACAACGUGGCACUUUUGUUUCUCGAAAGACCACUUCAACGAACCCGACAUAUAAAUCUCAUCUGCAUGCCGCCGCUCCCUCGUCCGAUUAUCUGGAAUCGCUGCAUCGUCAGUGGCUGGGGUAAGAAGAACAUCAACGAUGUCAGUCACGCGAGUCUCAUGAAGAAGAUCGAGGUGCCGUUGGUGGACAGUUUUACGUGCGAGCAGAAGCUUCGACAGCACUAUUCGGCAUCCUUCAAUCUUCAUGACAGCCUCACCUGCGCCGGCGGAGAGACUGGCAAGGAUUCGUGCAAGGUCGGUGGGGGAUCCCCACUAGCCUGUCCGCUCAGGGGCGAUCCCAAUCGUUACGAGCAAGUCGGCAUCGCGAACUUCGGAGCCGAAUGUGGAGAGCCAUUCCCUACAGUCUACACUGAUGUUUCCAAAAUGCUACCCUGGAUUUUCAAAGAGAUUCUAGCGAACUUACCCGGUUUUGAAGAGUUUUUACAGUUAAAUUGGUAACAUAUAUUACUCAUGUUAGGUGGCCGCAAAUCGAAUCAGUUAGGUGACGGUCAAAAAUUGCUUUUGCAAUAAGGAGAGUACAAUGAAAUUUGACACGAUGCCGUAAAUUACUAUAGAAGAUGUUUAGUAAAUUUUCUUAUCUAUUUCGAGUGCCUCGUAGGGUACAACAACUUUGGCUUGCCGAAGCAAGCUUUCCUUCUUGUUAGAUUUUAACUUUAUCCAGAUAAA